CAUAAUCGCAUUAGAAUGUGUGGAGCUCUGCAACUAAUCUGUCUGUCUCUCUGCCUCUUUGUGUGUCGGCAGGACACAAAGCAGUUCGACCCGUUCCAGGAGUGGACAGAUGGUUACGUUCGAUAUAUCUACUGUGCUGAAGAUAAGAAUGCUCAGAGACAUCUGUCCGGCUGGGCCAUGAGAAACACCAACAACCACAACUGUCAGAUCCUGAAGAAGUCGUGUUUGGGCGUGGUAGUCUGCUCUCGCGGCUGCACGCUGCCCGACGGGUCCCGGCUCCAGCUCCGCCCGGCCAUCUGCGACAAGGCCCGGCAGAAGCAGCAGAAGAAGCUGUGUCCCAGCUGCAACGCCAGUCUGGAGCUGCUGCCCUGCCGCGGUCAUAGCGGUUAUCCUGUCACCAACUUCUGGAGGGUGGAUGGAAAGGCCAUCUUCUUCCAGGCAAAAGGGGUCCAUGAUCAUCCCAGACCGGAGUCCAAGUCAGAGACCGAAGCCAGACGGAGUUCGGUGAAGAGACGGGUGAGCUCUCCACCGUUCACACCGAAGAGACGACUCAUCGAGACACAGACUCUAGGCCCCGCCCUCCUCUCAUGUGUCGAUCCAUCAGACAGAAUCUCCUUCAUCGAGCCCAAUUUCCCGCAGCAUUACCCAGCAUUCCAGAGCCCGGAGCCCUACUACAACCCCCACAAUGCAGUAGGGGAGGCCCAACCCACAAUGCAGAAACCAGCCAAUCCCAGAAUUUACAUGGGCCGGCCCGGCUAUGAGUUCCAAGGAUACCUGACCUCGCCUACGUAUCCCAUGACUUCUGACCUCUGUGACCCCAGGGUGCCUCCGGUCCUUGGUUCCUCUUCUUCCUCCACACCAUUGUCAGCUCCUCUCACUUCCACCUGCUCCUCCUUCGACCCCCAGAGCAAGUCUCCUGCUGGCUGGAAGGAGCUGCUGAAAAGCUCUGCACCCUACGGCGACAACCACCAUUACUACAGCACCGAGUACCCCUGCCGUUACCCCGGGAACGCCCCAAGCUCCCCCGCUGCGUUGCAGACUAUCAUCACCACAACAACCAAGGUUUCCUACCAGCCCUGUCCCAAGCCUCCUGCUCAGCUCCCUUCAUACCAGUCCUGUCCUAAGCCCUCGGCCGGCCUCCAGUCCUAUCAGCCCUGUGCUCCUCCUAAACUCCCCGGCCUCCCCAGCUGCUCCUCCCUGCUGGAUGAUCCCUCCUCCUCCUACUCCACUGAGGUUAAGGUUACGGAGGAGUCGGGCGGAGUCAUCAAGUCUCUGUCAUUUCAGCCUGAACCUCUGCAGACUAAAACUGAGCGAGCUGACGGCUACGACUACCGCUACGCAUACCCCAACACGUAUCGCUAUGACGAUUACUGAGGCAUAGCCUCUGUCACCAUGGCUACUGUUAUCACCACUACCGAUACGCAUACCUCGACACCUAUCGCUGAGGCAACUACUGAGGCAACACCUCACCACGACUGCUGUUACUAGAACCAUUACUAUGACAAAACAGUUGCUACUCCCUAAACAAAUACUGUACUGAACCACAUACUAUUUACCAACAACCUUCUGCUGUUCAGGAGCUGAAAGGAUGAACUUUUGAAGACAUUCAUGGAUUACUUUCAUGGUCACAAAGGAAAGGCUUCGCCAGGUCUUAAAUUGCUUAAAAACACAGUCGAACGAGAUUCAUGUCCAACUGAGAUCUUAAAAACAGGAUUCUGUUGGGCCAAAAAGCCUCAACUUACUUGGUGUUUCAGGAGCUUUCAGCUACAGCUAAUGGCUUUCUUCAUAUACAAGUAUAUUCAUAGUGGACAUUGGGUAUUUGCACUUUCUUCAAGGUGCCCAGAAAUGUCACUUUCUUUUUUUUUCUUUUCUCAGGGUUGCCAGAAGUGUAUUUUUUUCAGGGAGCCCAGAAGUUUCACUUUUUUGUAGUGUGCCCAGAAGAUGGGACACUUUAGUUCAUGUUACAACAACCUAAAAAAUUCCCAUCUGCAGCUAAUAAUCUCUGUCUAUUGAGGAAGACCACGGGAUGUAGCUGGAAGCUUCACAGCACCACAGCCACGUAACUUGAAUGAAUUUGUGACCAAAGGUGUUUUGAUAUCAGUGCAUUCAGUACAAUGCCCAUAUGGGAUUUAUCAUUAUGUAUGUUUCUAUUGUUUGGCUUAUUUAUUGAAUCAAUCAGUAAACACUUUGAACUAUUCCUGAACAAAACAAACUGAAUCAAACAGUUGUUGACUGAAGAGAUCUGUAAGAUGAAAAUAUGUUCAAUGUUCGGAUGUUAAUAUAAAGUAAAGUCUCACUUUGAACAAACUG